AUGAGGCGGCCAGGGCGCACGGCAUUGUUGGCGGCACUGCUGCUCAUCUUGGUCCAACUGUGCCCGGGCAGCUGCGGCUGGGGAACUCUGGAGGCUGUACCCCCCCUGGACAAGGGUCUGGAUCGGAGUUUGCGGGGGAGCCCCAGGAACCGGGCCGGGGGAGCCAGUGCCCUGCUCCUCCUCCUGACCGAGCGUUUCCCUCGUCUGGCAGCUGGGACUGGUACCCUGACUGCGCCCCUGGGCGAUCGGCCCAAGCCCAAACGGGACGAACCUUCUCUCUCCAUUGACUUGACCUUCCACCUGCUGCGGACCCUGCUGGAGCUGGCACGGACGCAGAGUCAGCGGGAGCGCGCGGAGCAGAACCGGCUCAUCUUCGAUUCGGUGGGCAAAUGA